UUUGCCUGUUGGUCCAGGAUGGUGCCUCAUCGUUCAUCUCACCCCUGCUGAUCAGACCCUUUCCCUGAUAGAACAACAGCAUGUCACUCCACAGCCUCUGUGUUCAAGCUGUCCUUCUCAUAAGUAUCCUGUCUCUCUGCUCACCCUCAGGUGGUGCAUCUGGGAGUAGACUACAGAGGAUCCUCAUGAAACGCAAUGCAAAGGAGCUGGAAGCCAGAGCCAAAGCACAGAUUGCAGUGCCGCAGUCAAAGGCUAAAGAGUUUCUGUCAGAUUUUCACAGGUUUAAGAGAAAUGUAUGGGAUCGGAGCCGUCCUGAUGUCCAGCAGUGGAUCCAGCAGUUCAUGUACAUGGGCUAUGAUGAGGCAAGACUGGAGACUGAUCUCUCCUAUUGGAUGGACCAGGCCAGAUCAAAUGACCAGGGCCGGCAGCAUCAUCAUGAUGAGAAUGCACCUAUGAGCCAACAGGACCCCAGUUCCUACAGACACGGGGCUAAUGUUAAUUAUGAUUACUAUUAAGAGCCCUAGAACCUAACAUUCACUCAGAAACCUGGAGACUAUUGCCUGACUUGUAAAUCAUUCUAAUGCUCUAAGUCAAUGUAUAUUCACAGAACCUACAGUAUGCCCCAUAGAUGAUGUGUGUUUAUACACACACACACACACACACACACACACAUUACUAUGUGAGUGUGAUUAUGCAAUUUCUUUAGGGGUAAGCAAAGCAAAACCUAGAGAGGAAUGAAUGCACAUUGAAUAAAAAUAUGUCUAUAAUGCUGAUGUUUUUUGUGUGUUUGAAGAGUGGAGAAGAGUCUUAGUAUUUGUCGCCUAGUUGUAGCCAAAAUAGUUUUGUACGUUUUAACCCCUUAACUGUCACUCAUGUUUUUGAAGAUAGACUUGAUUGUGCAUGAUACAAACCUAAAUUUUUAUAAUUCAUGACUGAAAACAUUUUGUAACAUGAUUUUGAUGU